AUUAGAUAACAUCGAUUGCUGCACUGAGAAAUGCCUGCUCGUUACCCUGUGUGGCCGGGUUCGUUCGGUUUUAUAAUCUACGGUUGUGGACCUUCGUUCAUCGUCGACGUCCGCCCAGGUAGUGUGGCCGAAGAAUCAGGGUUGAAACCAGGAGACCAAAUACUACAGGUUAACGAGCAAGAAGUUGGAGAUUGGGACGCAGAACAAAUAAUCGAAUAUGUUGCUGAUAUUCCAAGCAUACCACCGAGUUUGGGUGUUGUAUCUCGACUGAAGGAAGUUACAUUGUCAUCCACCACGUCAAAGAGUCCAACUUAUGGCCUGACGCUGAUAAGUUCUUUACCAGUUCGAAUCGAUCACGUGACGCAGAGAAGUCCUGCCUUUUAUAGCAAUAUUAAAGUUGGAGAUAUUGUAAUAAAGAUCGACGAUGUUUACAUCACGAGCGCUUCUCAGGCGCGCCAGCUGCUGGAGGAGAGCAGUAGAAGUGGCGGGUCACAAGUUGGCGUAAUACCUGUACCAACAGGAGAAUCCACGAAAUUCCCGAUGAGAAAAAUAACAACAACACCAAUAUCGGACAAAAUAAAAGCAGAAACAAACACGACAUCACACUUUGAUAACCAGCUGUCACCUGGCCAACAAAAAGCGAGAGAAUUCUUACAUAAGUUUAAACUCUCCCUUAAACACGACCCAGUUGAAAUGCGGAAUGUAGUUGAAGCAAUACAGAAUUACUCCAGUGUUAAAAACAUGGAUGGCUUCGUUGAACAAAUCUGCAAAAGUUUACAGAAAGUCGAAAAACGGAAGAAAUUAUUGGAUGAAGUUCGGUAUUUCAUUCCGAAUCGAGAUAAACAUGAUUUCGACAAGCUUGUAGACAAAUAUUGGCCAAACGAAGAGGAUAAAGAACCAGCGUUUUCCAAAGAGGAUGAAAGCAGAAGAUCACUGAGGAUACCUGCAAGUGGUCGAACUGAUGUAGCGAUUCAGAAUAUUUCCCCAGAAACGACAUAUGUUGAAAAAGUCAGAUCCGUGCAGGUUAAACGAGGAUCCCGCAGUUUCGGCCUCACUCUGUGUGGACACGCACCUGUCUCUAUACAAUCAGUAGACGAAGGUUCACCCGCAUACGAAGCUGGUUUGAAAGAUGGGGAUUAUAUUUUAGCUUUGAACGGAAUAGAUUUAAGAAAUCUAGAUCAUACAAAAGCUGUUGCCUUAAUACAAGGAAGCGGAUCCAUGCCUACCUUGGUCAUACAAUCAUCAUCCGGUGGUCUACCACAAACAGGAACCUCUGCACUUGCUUACCACUCCCCUAUGUACAACACACCCAGCUCUAUUGCUGAGCAGCCAUACUAUCUUGUGCCGAAGUUCCACGGUUCCCAAGUAGCCGGCAAACCAAGCGGCUCGGAGGCAAGCGAAGAUGAUGCAAGUAAUCUGUUAUCGGUCGUUACCAGUCUUGAUGACUGUAGCUGGGCGUCGUAUUUUGUACCAGAUAGUUUCACCAUCCGAGGAGUUUCGUUUAAAGAACAUCUCAUGAAGUUUCUUCCGAGAACAGAUGUUUUGAAACUAAAGGCGACUUUGGAAGAAUUUUCCUCGACUCGAAAUUUGGACGUGUUUCUUGUGAACGUAUAUCCUAUUGUAAAGAAUAUGUCCGCUGGGGGACAGAAUAUAAUAUACUAUCUACAAUACAGCAUGACGUCACAGGAGAGGGAGAAAUUUAAACAGAAGUUGGCCGAAUUUGCUAAAUUUAAUGGGACAGAUUUUCUUGAAACUGGUGACAGCCGCUUAAUGAGAAGUCAAAGUGAAACUACUACCGAGCAGCAGAGAUCAAACGAAACCCGCCACCAUCGCUCGUACUCGGAAACACCUUCCGAACAUUCUAAUCCGAUAGAAAAACCAAGAUCAUCUCGCGUUCGCCGUAGACAGAGCUUACGAAACAGCGAUACUGAUUACUCGGUCGAAAGUUCGAGUGUUGCAGUGAGGUCUGCUUGGUCGCAAGGUGGUAAAGAUUCUACUGGCAGCACGAGCUCAACGCCCACAAAAAGAAACAGGCGUCGACGUACCGUGGGAAAUAUACAGUACUCUACCACAGACAACACACAGGAUAUUACCGGGGACCAUAGCCUCGCUGAAACUGCUAUUGACAGCAUAUUGUCGAGUUCCGGACCCCAACUCGACUUCUUCGACCAGCAACAGCAAAAAGAGCGUCGUCGACGUCGCGAGCUUGCUCCAACAUCGAGAAGACGCAGGAGCGUCGGAGUAGUGUCCUCGUCUCCUUACCCUUUAUCAGAAGAGCAAAUUCCUACUGAAGGAAUCCUUCGGAACGGCCGGAAGAGGCGUUCAGGUCGCCGGACAGUAGAGAUCUGCACGACUACGACCACCACCGAGGAGACGACGUAUCUUACGCGGCAGUGCGCAGAAGAAGCUCAGGAAAUCAGAACACCUGGCCAAGGCGACAAGAAAAAUGCCAACAAGAAGAAACAAAAAGCGGAACAGUCUUCACCCACCAAAUCUGUGACGUCAUCGAAAGAUGUGCGGAAGUCGGUACCAGUGACAAGCAUUGACGAUGUGGUGUUAGAAACCAACUCGCAGGAAACGGAGAUCGGCAUCAAAAACCCCGGGGUUUCAAAAACUCGCUCACGCAUGUCGACAAAGUCAACCAACCUUGACGACUUGAUGAGGAAUCAAUCGACCUCCGUGCAACAACCAACGAUACAGGAAGCACAAAAUCCGCACUUGUUUACGCCAACCCAACAGCCCACCUACAACCAGCAGCAACCGGUUUCAUCCGGUUUUAGAUCCAGUCAGAGUCGGAGUAAGCUUACCAGCUCCUCUGAAGUAAGCAACAGUACCCGGCAAAGUAGCCUCCGCAGAUCAGAGUCAGCUGGAGGUCAUGACGUGAGGCGGGAACCGGAGAGCGGGGGCAACUGGGAACAGAGCUGUUUUAACAACAUGCCAGACGAGUUGAGGCAAAAGAAAGGCUACUUGUCCUCAAUCAAAAAGAGAUUGACGUUUUCGAGGCCCCCGAAGAACACGGAUACAGAUACCUUUCUUACCGAGCUGAGCGCACAGUUUGACGAAGCUAUGAACUUAAUUGAUGACAUUGUACUUCCUGAGGAAGAGGAAACGAUAAAGUAUGGCGAGAAGUGGAGCUACCUUCCAAAAGCCGAACCAGAACCGGAGCUUGAAAGUACAAAGCAGGAAGCACCUGUUGUGACAACAGAAGAAAUAGUUUCCCUUCCCGAACCGUCCCCCGUGGCAGAGCCAGUUUCGGGCCAAAGGUCCACAGAUAGGGAACGUGUGCGAAGACGUCGCAGGCGGGGCACUGAGAGCUCAGUAUCGAAAAUUGAUGAUAUGAGUAGCCCCCCAACGCAGUCACCCCCUAUACCAAACUUUCCUGUUCCUGUUGCAGCUCAAACGUCGCAACAAGAAGAAGUUAUCUACGACGUACCCAGACCCGUAGUAACUCAGACUCAAACCAUGAGACGGCCACACAUAAACGUUGAAAGACGCUCUCGUAGAUCAAGAGCGAAUCGACCACUGUCCAUGUCAGCGAAACGGAACUCGGCCGAGGUUCGAAUGCAUGUCUGGACAGAGAGCGACAUCAACAUAGGGAAAUACGAACUGGACCCACCCACCAAGAAUGAUGAGGGUCGAGUUACAUUAAGAAGCACAUCGCCUGUAGAAAAUACAUCUUUCUUCGACAGAGCCAAGAAACGUAAUUAUCGAGUGUCCGGUAUCAGCAUGAACAUGGAAGACAUCUUCUCUGAAGCAGAGGAGGAUCUUCACUCAGCUCCCCCGGAACAUUCUCCUCCGACACCGAAGGAGUUGCAAAACAAUGUGAUCGGUGAUCCGGAUGAAGUUUACGCUCCGCUUCACGAGGAAGUACUCGCUCUCGGACUUGCGUAUGAUGAGAACGAAAACGGUGACGAAGAAGAGGUUCAUCCGAAAUCCUCCACUGUGCAUAAUGAUGACCAAAGCUUCUCUUUGAUUCCUCCUCCUCCCCCGCCACUCCCGGAUGUUCUCUCUCCUCCUCCCAUCCCUCCCCCUCCUCCACCACCUCCUCCGCUCUCGCCUCCAAUGAUGUUCAAAAACUCUCCUCACGACACCCCGGUCCGAAUGUCUGUGAAGAGGAUAAAUUGGGAGAAGAUUGAACCGGUGGACCUCGGGAACACGGUGUGGGGACAACUUGGGGAGGACUACGACACUAUAAAUGAUGUUGUCAAGUAUCUUGAUCUGGAAGAGCAUUUUGCGAUGAAAAAGGCAAAAACUUUCAAGAAAAAGACAGAGCCUGUGAAAAAAGACGUCAUUUCUAUUUUGGCCCACAAGAAAGCAUACAACACAUCGAUUCUGCUUGCACACUUGAAGAUGACGACCACCGAGAUCUCGAAUUGUCUCCUCAUCAACGCUUCGGAGGCGACGAGGAAGAAGUUAGACGUCUCCCACUACCAGCAGCUCCUCCUCUAUGCUCCGGAUGAUGAAGAAGUUUUGAACCUUAAGAAAUUUACAGGCGACCUUAGCAAACUAAACGAAGCCGAUACAUUAGCACUGAAGUUGGUCAGAAUACCUGGUUAUCAACUUCGACUUAAGGCUCUUGUAUUUAAACAUAGUUUCGCUGAAAAAGAAGAAGAAAUACAAAAAAACUUAGAGGUGAUUCAACGCGCAUCAAACCAACUCCGCAAGAGCAGAAAACUUGCAAAGAUACUUGAGUUCGUGCUUGCUAUGGGAAACUACAUGAAUCAAGGCCACAUAAGGAUAUCGAAAGCUACUGGAUUUCGUAUUCAUUUUCUUGCAGAGAUGGAUUGUACAAAAACAAGCGACAACAAAAUGACGUUUCUUCAUAUUCUUGCUCGUGCUGUGAGCUCGAAGUUUCCCGAAGUUCUAAGCUUCGCUGAUGAGUUACUUGACGUUAAAGCUGCAUCACGAGUUGUGUACCCGGUCGUCCUUGCUGAUCUACAACAGAUAAGGAAGAAUUGGCUUCACAUCCGGGAUAAUUUGCUCGAAACCGAAUCCAAAAAGAAAGAAGAUCGAUUUAAAAUCGCAAUGGAGACUUGUCUGGUGCGUACAAAUGGUUCCAUCAAGCAGUUGGAGCAGCUACAUCAUGCAACCAGCAAGGAGUUUAAUAAGGUUGCGCAAUACUUCGGCGAAAAUCCGAAAAAUAUAGGAAUGCAACAGUUUUUCAACAUUUUUGAGGAGUUUAUUAGAAAAUUUCAAAAAUCCAGUAUGGAGAUAUCUAAACUUAUCAAAAGCAAGCAAGCAAGUUCUUAAAUAAUAUAUGCAAAUCAAAACAUGAAAAACAAUGCUGGUUUACCAAGUCGCCACUACAAGCCAAAGUCUAAUUUCCGCAGAACCAUGCUCGCUUUAAGAAAUGGUUGCUUUUUUAUUCCUGUUUGUAUUGAACGCAAAUGUUUAACUGACGUGCACUGUUCAUGUUUAAAUAAACGUAACAAACACAGAAA